GGUCAGGAAAAGAUGAGUAAGAAGAAACUGAAGAAACUUAAUCGGCUAACGGUGGCCGAGUUAAAACAAUUGGUACAGCGACCCGAUUUGGUAGAAGUUUGGGAUGUGACAUCCAUCGAUCCCAAAUUACUGAUCCAGCUUAAAAGCUACAGAAAUACUGUACCAGUCCCCGUGCACUGGUGUCAGAAACGGAAGUAUCUGCAAAACAAACGCGGAAUUGAGAAA